AUCUCUUGGUCUUUAUAGAAACGACUGGAAUUUUCCAUCUGCAAUUGUUUAUUCUGGAAGCAGGUGUUGCACUCCAAGAAAAGAUUCUCAAGACCUGCUAGCGCUUUUUUCUUUCUUUUUUAAUUUUUCUGCGUUGAAACCUAUUAUUUUAAUUCAUGCAACAAGUAGGCACUGUCAUUUUAUGUUACUUCAUACUCUGCAGCUGAAGCUGUCUCCAUGGUGACGACAGGUAGCAGACGACGCCGAAGCAUGGGAGACAGCGACGACGAGUACGACAGGCGGCGUGGGAGGGACAAGUUCCGAAGGGAACGGAGCGACUACCAGGAACGACGGGAUGAUCGCAGCCGUGGACGGGACGAUUGGCCAGAACGCCGCCGUGAUUAUCGAGACUAUGAUGUACGGAGGAGCCGAAGUGACCGUUAUAGUCCAGCAAGGCACGAUAUGAGCCCUCCUGUCAAGCGGAUGCGGCGAGACUGGGAUGACCGAGGUGGUUACGGUGGCUUUGACGGUGGCGGCUUUCCGGUGGGCGGCCACCACCCGGGCGCAGGUGGUCCCUGGGGUGGCCCCCCGCAGGACAUGGGUGGCAUGGUGCACAUGGGUGGGCAGCACGGUGGCUACGGACACAGCAUGGGCCAAGCUGGGGGUCCACAAAGGUUCAAGGCAACAUUGAGGGGAAUGACAAGGAGAGUGCCAUUGGGGGAACCUGAGGCAGGCCUUACCCAGCCACCUAUGAUGACAUUCAAGCAAUUCCUUGGCUCUCAGGACGAUGGCAUUGAUGACCAGGAAGCCGUACGCAAGUACAAUGAGUACAAGAUGGACUUCAGGCGUCAACAGCUUAACGAGUUCUUUGUCAAUCACAAGGAGGAAGAGUGGUUCAAGUCCAAGUACCAUCCGGAGGAAUGUGGCAAGCGCAAGACAGAGCAGGUGAAUGCCUUGAAGCGGCGCCUGGAUGCCUUCCUCAAGCUCCAUGAAGGUGGCUGGGUGGACGCCAUCAGCAUUGACGUGGAGAAGUCUGAUCGCAUUGUCAGGUUCCUUGAUGCAGUGGUGAUCUUGCUAGAAGGUGGCACCGAGUACGAUCUUCAGGCAUUGGAUGAGCCCAUUCAGGAGGACAAGCCUUCCGAAGGGGCCUCAUUUUCCUCUGCAAGGGACGAAAAGGAAGCGAGUGAUAAGCCUGAAGUCAAGGAAGAGUCGUCUCAGGGAGGGGAUGCACCAUCUUCACCGACUCGCUCGGAUGUGACUGCUGAUGAUGACAAGCGACACAAGAGGGCUGAUGACGAGGAGGAGGACGAGGAUGCCAAGUCAGAUUCUAAGCAGUCGGGUGGCGGCCGCAAACGCAGCUACAGCUCGAGCAGCCAAAGCAGUUCCAGCUCAGACUCUGACUCGGAUGACAGCGACAAGGAUGCCUCUGACGAUCAGGAUUCUGGUGUUCCGGGUGAGGAGAGUGGUGGGGAGAGUAAGAAGGCCUCGAGGAAGAGCAAGAAAAAGUCCAAGAGGCUCAGCAGCUCUCCUCAGGCAAAGAAGGCCACCAAGGCCAAGGAGGAGAGGUCAGAGGAUGGCAAUGAGGAAGGCAGCAGCACCAAGGGCGAGCCAGAGGAUGACGAUGAGGAUGGUCGCCCUGACUCUGUGACUGACAUCAAGGGUAAGGGGGACGAAGAGGAGGACGAGUCCAAGGCCACAGUGGAUGAGCAGGCCAAGAAGGGUGAGACUGGCCAGGGGGACGGGCCUAAGGCUGUCGAGAGCGAAGAGAAGAACCGGCCACGGCCCCUUCACCGGACUUGCUCCAUCUUCCUGCGUAACCUGGCACCCACCAUCACCAAGAUGGAAGUGGAGGCGAUGUGCAAGCGUUACCCUGGCUUCCUGCGGGUGGCCAUUGCGGACCCCCAGCCUGAGCGCCGUUUUUUUCGUCGGGGCUGGGUGACGUUUGAGCGCACCGUCAACAUUAAGGAGAUCUGCUGGAAUCUUAACAACAUUAGGUUACGUGACUGUGAAUUGGGUGCCAUUGUGAACCGGGACCUGAGUCGACGAAUCCGGUCAGUAAAUGGCAUAGCCUCUCACAAGCAAGUGAUCCGCUCUGACAUCAAGCUAGCCGCCCGUAUCGUACACAACCUAGACAACCAGCGAAGCCUCUGGAUCCAGACUGAAGCUGGCACUGAGCCAGCUGGUAAUGCUGCUGCUACGGACCAGCUGCCUCCUAUUGAGGGCUUCGGCGUGUCCUCGAAAAAUCCUCUGUUGAAGAACAUCACCGACUACCUGAUUGAGGAGGCGUCAGCAGAGGAGGAGGAACUUCUGGGGGGCUCCGCAGACAGGGAAGAAAAUGCAGAUGCGGAGGACCCCUCGGCACCUGGUGGUACCAACAGCGAGAAGGAUGAAAUGCUAAUAAAGGUGUUGGACCGUCUCCUGGUGUACCUGCGAGUGGUGCACUCUGUGGACUACUACAACCACAGCGAGUACGCCAGUGAAGACGAGAUGCCCAACCGAUGUGGCAUCAUGCAUGCCCGAGGGUCGCCACCUUCUGGCAAGGUCACACCACAGGAGGUGGCAGACUACAUCAGCCACUUUGAGGGCAAGAUUUCACCCUUCCUCCAGCCAUCAACCAAACUGAGUGAUGAGGAAGCGAACAGACUUGGGAAGAAGGACCCUGAAGCCGAGGUCGAGAAAUUUGUUGUGGCCAACACUCAAGAGCUCUCCAAGGACAAGUGGCUCUGCCCACUGUCUGGCAAGAAGUUCAAGGGGCCUGAAUUUGUCCGCAAGCACAUUUUCAAUAAGCAUGCUGAAAAAGUGGAAGAAGUGCGCAAGGAGGUGGAGUACUUCAACAACUACCUCUUGGACCCCAAACGGCCACAACUGCCAGAACACCCAGCCAACCGAGGAGGCCCCGGCGGUGGUGGCCGUGGCGGCGGUGGAGUUGGCCACGAGGGUCCUGGCAUGAUGGGUCCCUUCCAUGGUGGAUUUCCGCCACCACCUCCCUUCGGCUUUCCUAGGGGCCACCCCGGCGGAUUCCCUGGAUUCGGCGGUCGCAACUUUCCAGAUAUGUACAGAGCAGGAUUCAAGAGAAACAACUACGGACGCUUCCGCUCAGACCCCCGGGAAGUGAUUGGAUAUCAUGAUCUUGAUGAGCCACAGGACUUGGAACUCUUUUAAAAGUCAUAAAGGGGACAGAAGCAGUGCAUUAGGGAGAAGCUGCAUAAAGGCAGAUUUCUUCCUGCUGAUAUCAUACACAUUAUUUUUUUUUCAUUGACACAAUUUGUGGAAUUCAGUGUAAUAACUUCAUCUCAUUUGACCAUUGGUGGUACAGCACCACCGUGUGAAUGAAUUCAUAAAAGUUUGUCUCUACCCAUAUUUUUUUUUAGACCUUCCAUUUUUGUACAUGGUGCAACUUUUAUGGAAACCGGUGUUCUUAGUCCUGUUAUUGAAAGUUUGCCUGUGCUUGCAACUGUUGAUUAGUCUAUAGUGUCUUCUCUCUGUCAAUAAAAAAGAACUGGGACUCCCCACAAGCUUA